AUGGAAAAUCACGCACGCGCCGCGAUCAACGACCGAGCGUCUGAAUCGACACCAACACAACGUGCAAAAGUGUUUUCAGUUUGCGAGUAUUGUGACAAGCAGUUUACUACACGAGGGCUCUCCCUUCAUCAGAAGAAAUGCGCUGAGAAACAAGCUCAUGACAAAGCUGAAGCCAAGAAAACCCGCUCCUUCAAAUUCUGCAUCGUUAACGAGGCGAUUUUCGAAGAAAUCCUGUCAUUCUUGAGCAACCAGACACUCACUAAGAUGCAAAUGAUCACUGGAGAUCACUACCAAGAAUGUGAACCGGAAUUGUCCAGAUACUGCUGCAAAUUCAAACCAAGUAGUUGCUGA